GGUGGUGACGUCACGUGGCCAGAGGGAAGUCACAUGAAACGUCUCUUUUGCCACACACACAUAUAUAUAUAUGCGUCGUUUUUUGUAUUUUUUAUUUUUAGUAAAGCAAGAAAAAACAAAGCUGGCGUUAGGUGGUCGUCAACGCUAAAAAUGGACGAGGACGGGUUACCUAUCGUGGGAUAUGGAGUGGAUCUUACCAAGGUUCCAGCUAUACAGCAGAGAAGAAUGGUGGCCCAUCUCAAUCAGUUUGUUGUGCAAACCGUCCGGUUCCUAAACCGCUUUUCCACCGUUUGUGAAGAGAAACUUGCAAACAUAUCUCUCCGGAUACAACAGAUUGAAACUACCCUGAGUAUUUUGGAGGCGAAGCUGUCCUCCAUCCCAGGGUUGGAAGAUGUCACAAUAGAGGGUCUCGGUCAGCCACAGCCUACAGAGUCCAAUGGACCAAUCAGCAAUCAAAGCAAAACAGAUGGUCCAGCUGCUGUGUCAGUUCCACCAGUGGAGGCAUCUCAGAAUGUUCCAGAACAGAAAGCAGAAGCUGUUGCAGAAAAUGUCAUGAUAGUGGCCAAGGACCCACGCUAUGCUCGGUACCUAAAAAUGGUUCAAGUGGGGGUCCCAGUUAUGGCGAUAAAGAAUAAAAUGAUCAUGGAAGGCUUGGAUCCGAACUUGCUCGACACACCAGAUGCACCUGUGCCUGAUGGUGGAAAGAGAAGUGCUGAUGAUCAAACAAAUGAUGACAGCUCCGGCAGCGAAUCAUCUUUCAGUGACUGACCUGCCACUUUCUGUAAGGUCCACCCAUUACCAGCUGGUCUUCUUUAGGCCUGUACUGGGACAGGAGGGAUAGGCCGCAGUGCGCUUGACAAUAAUUACUCGUCAGAUGUCUAUGGAUGUAGAUGCCUAAUAAAGGAAAACGGUUGCUCUGCAUUGUAGAGUGAAUGAAACUUCAUUGAGAAAGGCAUGAAAAGAAAGUAAUUCAUAAAACAGACUUGUGUAACAGUUUUUACGUAAAGACUAACAGUAUGUUGUUAAUAGUCUUUUUGCAUUCCUCUGUGUGUGUGUGUGUGUGUGUGUGUGUGUGUGUGUGUGUGUGUGUGUGUGUGUGCAUUAUCAAUCACACUAUACUACUUUUACAUUGUAACUGUACACUGUACUUUUACAGUGCCUUUACAAUAGCUUCUUAUUGCCAAAUUCCCUCGUUAGUGUUGGCACUUCAAUCUGUACCAUUAUGGAUUAUAGAAAAAUAUGUGUAUGGGUUUUUUUCAUUGGGUAUUUGGUUUUACAUAGCAUAAGUGCAUGUGUAGGGCGGCACGGUGGCGCAGUGGUUAGCGCGGUUGCCUCACAGCAAGAAGGUCCUGGGUUCGAGCCCCGGGGUAGUCCAACCUUGGAGGUCAUCCCGGGUUGUCCUCUGUGUGGAGUUUGCAUGUUCUCCCCGUGUCUGCGUGGGUUUCCUCCGGGUGCUCCGGUUUCCUCCCACAGUCCAAAGACAUGUAGGUCAGGUUAAUCGGCCAUACUAAAUUGUCCCUAGGUGUGAAUGUGUGUGUGGGUUCUGUGAUAGUCUGGUGGCUUGUCCAGGGUGUCUCCCCGCCUGCCUGCCGCAACCCUGAGAGCAGGAUAAGCGGUUUGGAUAAUGGGUAUGGGGGUGAACUUUGUGGCAAAUGUGCCCUGUAACACUUCAAGAGGAUAGAUAGAAAACUGUCAGUUGCCAUAAGUACUGCAUUUGACACUUCCUUUUCAUUUCAAACUGGACCUGCAGAUAUCUCAUUUUUAUAAUCGAGAAUAACAUCUCAGAAUGGCAUUGUAAUGCUUUCUUAAAAUGCCACCUCUGCUGGGAGAAAUGACGACUUGCACUAAGGGAUAAAUCAACAUAUUAUCACAGCUGUUUGCAGGGGGUGUCAACUGCAAUCUUAUGGCGUGGAUGAAAUUGGGUGUAUCAAGUGGGAAUCCACUUCAUUUGAACAGCCAUUAAUGAAACAUGUAACCGUGUGUGCUCAGACCGAGAGAUAGUGAAGUAAAGAUGAAGUGCCAACUGCCAAGAGAUGUUUAGUGGUCAAAAAUAAACACGUCUUGUUUGACAAGAACGUGGCUCAUAGGCGUCCAUGAAAGAGCGCUGCUCUAACUGUACUGUGAAAUAGUGUGUUGGAUUGUUCAGACGACUGGAAAGCACUUUCUUUAUGCGAGCAAGCACAUUUUGAUCUCCGAGCUUUGCCUGCAAUAAACAUUCA